UCACGCGAAUCGUAAGCACAGAUUCCAUACCAUUCAACGAUAACAGAAGACACUAAUGGGGCCGAGCGAAACGGCAUAAUACGAGAAUAACAUGAAUUGUUGAUCGGUAUGGCAGAAGAUUUUAACCAGUAUGAAUAAUAAUAUCGAUACUGUCGAGCGAGUCGCAAUCCGCAUGGAAGAAACAAUUCUACGAAUUCUAAGCGCUCAUUCAUUCACGCCAAAAGAUUUCACUAGCCGUGAGUUGACCCUGUCUCAAGCUUAUUGCCUGCUUUGGCAAAACAGCAAAACUGGGGAGGUUUCGGGGAGACAGGGUUCCCAUGAGUUGCUUGCCGGUUGUGCGAGCGCGGUGUUGCUGGAUCUGUUUGUGAUGGGUAAGAUCGUGGUGAGCGUUACGGAUGAUUGCUCCCACGGUGCUCUCGUCAAGAAUGUACACACAAGUCCUACCGGUAGCUAUUUCGACAGAGCAAUGCUCAACAACAUCGUCAAACACCAGAACAAAUACCCCGGAUACCGCCAGAAGCUGCGGUACUGGAUUCAGUACGAGACGCGGUUUGUCCCCAAAAGAAGAUGCGCGACCAUCACUCUUGACAGCCUGGCGGAGCAGGGAAUUCUCGAGAAAAAAGAGUCCAUGUUCAGAACGGACUACCCCUCCAUAGACCCAGGUCCCAAGGGGGCAUUUAUCAAGGAGCUCCACAGAGUCCUUUUGGAAGGCGAAGUCCCGGAUGUGUACUUACGCACUUUGCUGACUCUAAUACACGCCGUGGAUAGCUUAGAAGGACCGUGGGAAUCCAUACUAGCCAAGUACUUUACAGAUGACCAGCUUACACGAGUACAGGGGAAAGUACUGGAAUGUAUAUGGUAGCAGUUGAUAGCUUAGGAGGGCCGUGGGAAUCCAUACUAGCCAAGUGCUUUACAGAUGAUCAGCUUACACAAGUACAGGGGCAAGUACUGGAAUGUAUAUGGUAGCAGUUGAUAGCUUAGGAGGGCCGUGGGAAUCCAUACUAGCCAAGUACUUUACAGAUGACCAGUUUACACAAGUACAGGGGUAAGUACUGGAAUGUAUAUGGUAGUAGUUGAUAGCUUAGAAUUGCCGUGGGAAUCCAUACUAGCCAAGUACUUUACAGAUGACCAGUUUACUCGAGUACAGGGGAAAGUACUUGAAUGUAUAUGGUAACAGUUGAUAGCUUAAAGAGGCAGCGUCAUGGUACUGCGCAUGUCUGGAUUCAGUAUUUAUUGUAGGCUUUAAAUUGACUACAAACAGUAAGGAAGCAUGGCAGGAUGUAUUCCUAUUUAAAGCCGCAUUGUCACAUGUUUACUUCUGGUCGAUUAACUAAUAAUCUCCGGUCAUUUUUAACGGAAAACGCGAAAAAUAUUUUAAAAUAUUGAAGGCAGUGUGUCUAUUGGAAGUUUCUUUGACGAUGUGAUUGAUAAUAUAGAGCGGAUGUCCUGUUAAAUAUCUCGAAUUCUAAUAGAUUCUUUUGUCUUUUAACGGUUGAGGUUUCCGAAAAUCAACGCGUCGCGUGUGUUUGUUUUGUAAGGGGAGUUAUCAGUUGCGCUGUUAGGGGUGUGGGUAUUACUGGAGUGGAUUAUGUCUGUCAACAGGGUCUUUGUUCGUAUAAUGCCCGAAUCCUUUCCGAGGAUUCAUGCAUAUUUCGUCGGCACUUCGUUCCGACACUACGCGAACCCAAUGUCUUCAGGCGGUCGGUAACCGAUGAAACGAACAAAAGAUUUUACUUAUACCUCGAGUUGGGUUUGGGAGACAUAAAUUGAGCAAACGUCGCGAUUGAACAUCUCAUGAUAGAUAUGAUACGACGUAAAAUUUGGCACAUAUAUAGUUUAAACAUUACUCUUUCAUUUGGUGCAGGCACCCUCGAUAUACGUAGUCAGGGGGGUUAUGACGUCACAAUAGCCAUUUUCUGAGCCCCCCCCCCCCUUCGUAUUUCCUUAACCGCUUAGGCUAUGAUCAUCAAACUUACAGACAAUGAUCACCAGCAUGUAAAGAAUCAUCACGCCAUAUUUUAGGUGUGGUCGAGUAAAUUAUGACAUCAUGAUAACUUGUAACUUUAUGUAGACACGGUAAACCAAUCAGGGCUUAAAAAUACGCCAUCUAUACUAUAUAUUAUAUAGUAUGAUAUAAUUAAAAUGAUUGCCUGCUUUUCAUGAA